AUUUAGACCCUUCGAUCUAAUGCCAAUUAGCCCUAACUCUUUGAAUCGAACAGACCCGACACAUGUCUACUCCAAAUCAUAAGAUCUUUGAUAAUAUCUCAGCCACCAGCCAGCAACCCAUAUUUCAGGUCCGACACCGAAAGAUAAAAAAUAAGAGUACUGAAUAAAUCCAAUAAAUGGAUCUCCAAAUUCGUCCAUGGAUAUCUUUGGUCCUAGUCAAGAAAGGCUCCUAUUAAAAGCGCUCUAACCCACAGCUCUUAGCCCCAUGUUAUUCUCUCUCUCUCUCUCUCUCUCUCUCUCUGAAACACCACCACCACCACCACCAUGUCUACUUCAUCUUCUUGCCAAUCUUCAACUCUUAAAAUAGGCAUAAUAGGCUUUGGCCCCUUUGCACAGUUCUUGGCGAAAACCAUGAUCAAACAAGGCCAUACAUUGAGGGCAACUUCUCGUUCAGAUCACUCUCAGCUCUGUCAAGACUUGGGUAUCUCAUACUUCAGGAAUGCAAUCACAUUUCUUGAAGCAGACAACGAUGUCAUCUUGAUUUGCACAUCAAUCCUAUCUCUACCAGAGGUGCUCAAGUCAAUGCCACUCCAUGGUCUAAAACGGCAAACCCUCUUUGCCGACGUUUUAUCGGUGAAAGAGUACCCAAGAGAUCUUCUAUUGAAAGUACUGCCAGAGGAAUCAGAUAUACUGUGUACUCACCCUAUGUUUGGACCUGAGAGUGCGAAAGAUGGGUGGAAAGAUCUAGCCUUUGUCUACGACAAGGUUAGAGUGAAGGAUGAAGCUACAUGCUCAAGUUUUCUGAGAAUUUUCGAAAAUGAGGGAUGCAGAAUGCUGGAGAUGUCUUGUGAAGAGCAUGAUAAAAUGGCGGCUAGAAGUCAAUUUCUUACUCAUACCAUAGGCAGGGUUUUGUCAGAAAUGGAGAUCAAAUCCACACCUAUAAGUACAAAAGGCUUUGAGUCACUUGUUCAAUUAAAAGAGGUCACUGUGAAGGAUAGCUUUGAUCUGUUUAGUGGGUUAUUCCUUUGUAAUAGAUUUGCCAAAGAAGAGCUAAAGAACCUAGAAAUUUCCUUUGAAAAGGUUAAGCUGAAGCUUCUAGAUAUGAUGAAUGUGAGGCAGGAUAUAAAUGACUCCAACCUUUGAUGUAGAUGACUCUUGCCAACAAAAAUGAACUUAGAAUUUAAAAUAUUAAGUUUUGUACUCUAGUAUUUUUGCAAGUAGAGACAAGAUAAUGAUGUAUUUUUAGAUUACAUUUUCAAAUACAAUUCCAUAGGAUAUCCAUUUGCAUCUA